ACAUCGUCAUUCGCCAAAUUAAUUUGCUGUUAGUCGGUUCGGUUGCUGACUCUUGUCUUGUUGCACUUGUAUCACGAAAACGAAAUUUCCUAUCAAAUAAAUUUGGUUUCGGUCGAUGUCGAAUAAAGUUCAUAAAUCCUCCUGAAUUGUUAAUUAAUUGUGUUCCAAAGUUAUCAUCUAUUCUCCUAUGAACCAUUCAUCUAUUUGUUAAGCGUUCCUAGCUCAAGAAGAUUGAAAUUUGCCAUAGACCGCGAGACCGAGAGUGAGAAACGGAAACAAAUAUAUUCACUUCAUUCCCCGCGACUGCUAAAUUGUGAAAAAUAUAAAAUAUAACCUGUGAAUCGUUUUGGUGAUAUAGAAAACAAAUUUAAAAAAAAAAAAACAGGACAGUUUGUGGUCUUGAGUGUGGUGUAUAAAUUCUGAGCAAAAUUCGGCGAGGAGAUAUGGCCAAGGACGAAGAGGAUGAUCUGUUGCCCGAUAAAGACGCAGCAAAAGGUUUUUAUGCCAAAUAUGAACCGAAGGAGAUUCUUGGAAGAGGUAUCAGUUCAACAGUUCGAAGAUGUAUUGAAAAAGAAACUGGCAAAGAAUUUGCUGCAAAAAUCAUCGACUUGGGUGGUGCAACAGAAGCUGGUGAAUCAAAUCCCCUGCACAUGUUAGAAGCCACUAGGCAAGAAAUAUCCAUAUUGAGACAAGUUAUGGGUCAUCCAUAUAUAAUUGAUUUGCAAGAUGUUUUCGAAUCGGAUGCAUUCGUAUUUUUAGUAUUUGAACUCUGUCCAAAGGGUGAGCUUUUCGAUUACUUAACAACAGUUGUAACGCUAUCAGAAAAAAAGACUAGAACCAUAAUGAGACAAAUUUUCGAAGGUGUCGAAUAUAUACAUGGUAAAAAUAUUGUCCACAGAGACUUAAAACCAGAGAAUAUUUUGCUGGAUGAGAAUCAUAAUGUUAAAAUCACAGAUUUUGGUUUUGCCCGUCAAUUAAAAGAAGGCGAAAAGUUAAACGAUCUUUGCGGAACUCCCGGCUAUUUGGCUCCUGAGACAUUAAGAUGUAAUAUGUUUGAAGGAUCGCCUGGUUAUUCACAAGAAGUUGAUAUUUGGGCGUGUGGUGUUAUAAUGUUUACCCUACUGGUAGGAUGUCCUCCUUUUUGGCACAGAAAACAAAUGGUAAUGCUGCGCAAUAUCAUGGAGGGAAAAUAUAGCUUUACAUCGCCCGAAUGGGUGGACAUAUCAGAAGAUCCAAAGGACCUCAUUAGAAAGUGUCUAGUCGUCGAUCCAUCGCAAAGGAUCACAGUCAAGGAAGUAUUAAGGCAUCCAUUUUUCAACCAAGUCAUCUCAAAACCUGAGCGCUCAAUUGGACAUCCUACUAGUUACGAGCAGUUAAAAGAGCAGAGUAUACAAAAUGGAAACUACACUCUUAAAUUGUAUAUCACCAAAAAGAAUUAUGAUAAUCUUAUUGGUGAAGUAUCACCAGCAUCAAAUCAAAUUCAAAGUACACAGCUCCGAAAACAGAGUCGGUUUAAUGCUAAAAAGAAAUUCCAGUAUGCUAUACUGUGUGUUCGUGCAAUGAUAAGGAUACGAAGGCUUCGUUAUACCUCUGAACCAUUAUGCGUCGAUGAUGCUAUAAGAGACCCAUACAGAGUGAAAGUGCUCAGAAAGGUUAUUGAUGGAUGCGCUUUCCGAGUAUACGGUCAUUGGGUCAAGAAGGGUGAAGGUCAGAAUCGGGCUGCUCUUUUCGAGAAUACACCACGCACAGAACUUCACGCACUUUACAUAAACAACCUUAGUCGAUAGGAGUACCUAAAUUAAAUUCAUUAAAAACGAACAAAAUUAAAGUGCACCAAAAUAACUGUUGUCACUACUUCUACUCUAGUACUCACAUGUUACUAUUAUUUAAUAAUAUUUUUAUUGAUUUGACAAUUUUAGUUUUUAUUUAUAAUUUCAUAAGUCUAGCCUUAAUAAUAAUUAUUUUAAAUUGUUGUAAAAUUAGAAAGAAAAGCAAAAUGUUUAUAUCACAAAGUUGUUCAGUAUGUACAAAACAGCUGAGUUAAAUAAAAAAACAACAAAAAUAUUAAUGAUGUAAUAAACUAAGUGAAUGUAUGUAUUUAAACAAAAAAAAAAUACUUAUUUAUAUUGUUGUUAAUAGAUUUUGAAUGUUUUUUUUUGUUGGUAAAGAAAAGGAACAGUCAAUCCUUAAACAAUGAGCAAUAAACAAACAAAAUAUUUACAUACAUACAUUAAAUACAUAUACGUAUUACUUUGUGAAGUGAUUUAAAUUAUUGUUGAAUUAUAGAAAUCCUGGAUUUUAGAUUCUUUAAUAUCAUAUCUACAAUAAAAAAAAAAAUGCAAAAACAAAUUUUGAACAAAGAAUUUAAUAAAAAUCUUUAUAAAAUA